CUGAAAUACAGAAACUGUAGUCUUUACAUUUUGUCCGCGGUUCACUUAUACUCGUUGUCAUAAGCUAAUAUUUAAGCCAUCGUAGACCGAUUUCUCUACAACCGAACUCCGUCGCCAACGUGACAAUGUGAAGAACGUGACCGUCCAAAUGUUGUGAGCAGUAAUACAAAUAGUAGCCUGGUAUCACUGCUUUUCUAGGAGUAGGACCCCGACUCCCGAGUCCUGGGUCCUCACAAACUACCGUACCGGUAACUGUCAAUAACUUACAUACGCUUCUAGCCUCCUACCAGUGCCACUGACUCUCAACUAGGAACUAGCAGGCGGUGCGCGUAACUAUGGUUACGCAGGAUUCGAACGCCGGCGGGUCUCCCGCCGACCUUGUUUUUGUCGUGGAGAACACAGGAAACCUCGCACCCUACUUUCAGGAGCUGAAGAAUGCCUACGUCGUCCCAACGCUCGAGCACCUACAUGGGUCGAAGAUAGACGAACUCGACUGCGGAUACGACUGCAACAGCAACAUGUUCGGACUGGUGACGUUUCAAUCGUUGGAUUGCACACCGGAACCCGUCGUCUCUUGCCUUCUCUCCACGGCACAUCCCCACAAACUACUAAAGGCCAUGGACACAAUACCGUUCGCCGGGGGCACGGGCGACGGCAGUAGCUACAUCGCCGAGGGAAUGGCCACCGCUCUGCACUUGUUCGACGACUUCACAGCCUUCCACGAGCCAAACACAAAGAUCCGGCGUUACUGCGUGCUGGUGUGUAACUCGCUGCCGUAUCCGAUGCCUUCACACGACUCGUCUAACUACAGCGACUACCUCGCUGAUCAGCUAGCUUCGUUGAUGGCUGAGAAAGGAGUGCACUUCUCUCUCGUCUCACCGCGCAAGCUCACGGGCCUCUUCCGGCUCUACGAGGCUGGUGCCGGUGUGGGAGAGGGCCAAGUCUCCUCUUCCUCCUCCGCGGUAGCAGCCGGCAAGAACUACUCAACAGAUCUCCGUCACUUGGUGUUGCUGCGCGGAUACCAGCUCAGAGAGCAGCAGACGAGUCAACUUAACGAGGCGAAGGCAGCGAUCGCUGACAUCAAGCCAACGAUAGUGUCGAGUCCAGGGCCUGCCAACGCCGGUCCAGGCAUCGGGAACAAGAAGGGUGGCGGGGCGCCACCUGGUGGCAGGGCAGGGAACGUCGCCGUGAGCGGAGUGACGAUGGGCGGUGGCGCGGCGUUCAAACCUCUGAUAGUGGUGCCCGGCAGCCAGCAGGGCGCGUCAGCCGAGGCCAACAGCCACUCCGUGGCAGCCAUGAAGGACCCACGAUGA